AUGCAGCACCAAGUGGCCAUCGUCACCGGCGGGGGUACGGGCAUCGGAAAGGCCAUCGCGACCGAGCUCCUGCAUCUAGCACCAUCUGAAAGUGGCACCAUUACAUUCACUGACAUUCGUCAUCAGCUAGAACUCAGAUCAAUUGUGUUGCCCCUUGAUAACAAUCCAUAUUCUUCCUUCGGAGCCACGCUGGUGAGGGAAGAUGAAAAGAAUCUGUGGAGCGUGCCUCGCAAUGUGUCCCACACAGAGGCAGACGACGACAGGAUCCUGUACAAUUUGAUCAUUGUUCGUAAUCAACAGGCCAAAGAUUCAGAGGAGUGGCAAAAACUCAACUAUGAUAUCUACACCCUGCGACAGAUUCGAAGGGAAGUGAGAAAUAGAUGGAAACGCAUUUUAGAAGAUUUAGGUUUUCAAAAGGAAGCAGACUCUUUGUUGUCAGUGACAAAACUCAGCACCAUCAGUGAUUCUAAAAACACAAGGAGAGCUCAGGAGAUAUUGUUGAGACUGGCUGAAGAGACCAAUAUUUUCCCAACCAGUUGGGAGCUUUCGGAGAGAUCUCUCUUUGUUGUGGACCGUCUCAUUACACUCGAUGCUGCGGAAGAAUUCUUUAAAAUUGCCAGUCAAACUUACCCCAAGAAGCCUGGGGUCCCAUGCCAGGCAGAUGGCCAGAAAGAACUGCACUACCUUCCUUUUCUGAGUCCCUAA